AUGGCACCGCGCCGUUCAUCGGCGUACCGAGUAAGCGUGGGCGACUAUGCCGGUGGUCCGAAACCAGCAGAGGGUACGCAAUCAUCGUCAAGCGGCGCAAACGAAGCGACGGGGCCCCAUCUUAUCGAGAGCAUCAGAGGCUACGAACCGCCGCGAUUUCUUUGGCGCACUCUCUACACUUUACUUUUACUCGGUCUUGUCAUAAAACGCGUCUUGUGGCAUCGUAAGUUGAACAUGCAACAAACAUUACAACAAAUUUCCCGAGUUGGCCCAGAUACCCUUGGAGUUUCCAUGCUCACCUCUUCAUUCGUCGGCAUGGUUUUUACCAUACAGUUCUGCAAGGAAUUUUCGAAAGUCGGCCUCACUCGAGUGAUUGGGGGACUACUUGGUCUUGCUUUUACACGUGAACUCACUCCGGUGAUAUGUGCAAUAGUCCUCGCAGGCCGCGUUGGUUCUGCUGUCGCUGCUGAACUGGGCACCAUGCAGGUUUCUGAGCAGGUUGACCAGCUUCGAACGUUGGGGUCUGACCCAGUCGAUUAUCUCGUGGCGCCCCGUGUUGUUGCAUGUGCAGUUUCCCUUCCAAUACUCUCGGUAAUCUCGUUCACUAUUGGCAUGGCAGCAAGUAUUUUACUUGCGGACAUAAGGUAUGGAAUAUCUCCGAAUGCUAUCGUUGAUUCUGCAGCAAAGUAUCUUGAGUCGUUCGAUGUUGGCGUGAUGUGCGCCAAAGGGUUCGCGUUUGGUAGCGUAAUUUCCAUCAUAAGUUGCGGUUGGGGCCAGACAACCACUGGAGGUGCAAAGGGUGUCGGAGAGUCAACUACAGCUUCAGUUGUUAUCUCGCUAGUUGCCAUCUUUGUGGUCGAUUUUUUCCUUUCCAUGUUCUUUUUCAAGAAGUAG